AGAAAAUGACCAGAACCUGCUGGGACCUGAACCAGAGAUGAAAUUUUUAUGACACGGUGUUGUCUGCAUCUCCGUAAGAAGUCAGAAGUGUCAGAAAACAGUCUCCAGGUCUAAGCUACUGAGUCAAGAGUGCAUUGAUCCGACUGUAGGAAACACCUUUGAGAGGCAGAUUCCUCACCAUUUCUGUGGGAAAUUGAGUAGAAGGAACCCUAUGGCUGACCUAACUGUCAUGGCGCCUGAAGACCUUGAUUCCGAGGACAAGGAGAUGUUAAGCUGGGAUAUUAACGAUCUGAAACUGCCACAGAAUGUGAAAAAGACCGACUGGUUCCAGGAAUGGCCCGAUUCCUACGAGAAGCACAUCUACAGCUCAGAGGACAGGAAUGCGCAGCGGCACCUGAGCAGCUGGGCCAUGCGCAACACCAACAACCACAACUCCCGCAUCCUCAAGAAGUCCUGCCUGGGCGUGGUGGUGUGCAGCCGUGACUGCUCUGCAGAGGAGGGCCGCAAGAUCUACCUGCGACCCGCCAUCUGCGACAAAGCCCGGCAGAAGCAGCAGAGGAAACGCUGUCCAAACUGCGACGGGCCUCUGAAGCUCAUUCCUUGCCGAGGCCAUGGGGGCUUCCCGGUCACCAACUUCUGGAGGCACGACGGACGCUUCAUAUUCUUCCAGUCAAAGGGAGAGCAUGAUCAUCCAAAACCAGAAACCAAAUUGGAAGCCGAGGCAAGAAGAACAAUGAAAAAAGCACACGUGGCAUCUGCCUCUGUCCCCUUAAAGCUGAAGGAGAGCCCAGAGACAAAGUCUCUUCCAGGUGAAACCCAAAGUUGGGGAAGUUUUCCUUUAACUUGGUCUUUCCAGGAGGGCGUCCAGUUGCCCAGUAGUUACAAUGGACGUUUAAUAGCUAACACUCCCCAGCAGAAGUCUCUGAAUGAUUGCUUGUUCUUCUCCAAGAGCUGUUGCUUGGGGGGAACCACUGACCUGGCAGACCCCACCUCCACCUUGGUCCCCACUAAGCUCUAUGACAAAUGCAAACUGUCCAGUAGUUGGAUCUGUAAUGGUGGGGACCUGCUUCAUCCUGUUUCCGGAGUCUUCUCUGACUACGGUGAUCGGCAAACAUGGAAUAUAAAUACUGCCUUGGGGAGACAGUCUCUUAAUGACAACUGUUGUCCCAGUUACCCUUUCCCUCUGACCAGCUGGCCUUAUGACUUCUCCCCUUCCCAGAGCUCUGCAGAACCCUUUCCCCAGCAGAUUCCAGUGGAACCGCCUGCGGCCGAAAGUAGCUGUCACCCACUAUGGCCUAAUCCAGGGGGUGAGCUUUAUGAAGAGAGGCUGCAUGUGGAUUUUAACAGCUGCUGCCCUUCCUCCACAUGCCACUCACCUCAGGAAGACCCCUUUCUCCUUGCCUACGCCUCCCAUCCCCACCACCAAUACUCACUGACAGGCAAGAGCAGCAAAUGGGAUUUUGAUGAAGACAUGAGGGGCGUGGGUUUGGAUCAUUACAGCAAUGAGAUGCUUCUAAACCUCUGUCCUUUAAGAUGAUCCAAACUGAAAACCUGUACACUAUUAGCAGGACUACAAUUUAGUGCAUACUCUCUGGAAAACAGUAUGGAAGGUUCCUUAGAAAACUCAAAGUAGAACUACCUGCACUCCCGUGGUCAUUGCAGCAGCAUUCACAAUAGCCAAAGUAUGGAAACUGCCUAAGUGUCCAUCAGCAGAGGAAUGGAUAAAGAAAAUACGGUGUGUGGUGUAUAUUUAUAUAUAUAUACACACAUAUACAGUGGACUCUAUUACUCAGCCUCACAAAAGUGAGGAAAUCCUACCAUUUGUGACAACAUGGAUGGACCUUGAGGGCAUUAUGUUAAGUGAAAUAAGUCAGACAGAAAAAGACAAAUACUGUGAACUCAUUUACAUGUGGAAUCUAAAAAAACCCAGACUCAUAAAAACAGAUCAGAUUGGGGUUGCCAGAGGUUGUUGGGGGAGGGCGGGAGUCAUGGUGGGGAAUUGGGUGAAGGCAAUCAAAAGAUAACGAAACUUCCAGUUUUAAGAUAAAUGUACAUUUAUGUAAUUUUGGAAGCUGUAAUGUACAACAUGAUGACUCUGGUUAGCAGUAUUGUAUUGCAUGUUGGGAAGUUGCUGAGAGUAGAUCUUAAAUGUUCCUACAACAGGGAAAAAAUGUGUAAUUAUGUGAAGCAAUGGAUAUUAACUUAUUGUGGUAAAAAAUUUGGCAGCAAAUACAUAUAUCGGGUCAUUAUGUUUUACAUCUUAAACUUAUACAAUGUUAUAUGUUAAUUAUAUCAAUAAAACUGGAAGAAAAAAAAA